ACGGCGAUGUGAGAGCAUCUCUCUCUCUCCUCGCUCUUUCUGUCUGGCCCUCUGCUCGUCUCCUCCUUCCUCGUGGAGAACGGAGGAUCUCGAUCGGAGAAGUUAUCGGGCGAUCUUUUCUGGUUCUGCUUUUCCGAUCGAAAUCCCGUUGUGAGAGAUGGAGAAUGAGAGUCAUUCUAUACAGCUUGUUGAUGGUGAUGGUGGCUUUAAUCUUCAUGGUAUCACUGAUUUCAUGAAAGCAGUGAAUUUUGGUGAACGUGGGCUUUCUUAUGCAGUAGUUUCUAUUAUGGGUCCUCAAAGUAGUGGGAAAAGCACUCUUCUAAACCAUCUCUUUGGAACAAAUUUUAGGGAAAUGGAUGCUUUCAAGGGGAGGAGUCAGACUACUAAAGGUAUUUGGUUGGCAAAGUGUGCUGGUAUUGAUCCUUGUACAGUUGUUAUGGAUUUGGAGGGUACUGACGGAAGAGAAAGAGGAGAGGAUGACACUGCAUUUGAGAAGCAGAGCGCCCUUUUUGCUUUGGCUGUUUCAGAUAUAGUACUUAUAAAUAUGUGGUGUCAUGAUAUUGGUCGUGAACAGGCGGCAAAUAAACCUCUCUUGAAGACUGUCUUCCAGGUUAUGAUGCGAUUAUUUAGCCCUCGCAAAACAACAUUGCUCUUUGUUAUACGUGACAAAACAAAGACACCUCUUGAAAACUUGGAACCAGUCCUGAGAGAAGAUAUACAGAAGAUAUGGGAUACAGUUCGCAAGCCACAGGCUCAUAAAGACACUCCACUUAGUGAAUUUUUUAACGUGGAAGUUGUGGCCCUUUCGAGUUUUGAGGAGAAGGAAGAGCAAUUUAAGGAGCAGGUUGCAUCUUUAAGGCAGAGAUUUUUUCAUUCAAUUGCUCCUGGGGGAUUGGCUGGUGACAGGCGGGGGGUUGUGCCUGCCUCAGGAUUUGCUUUUAGUGCAGAACAGAUAUGGAAAGUUAUUAAAGAAAAUAAAGAUCUUGAUCUUCCUGCACAUAAGGUAAUGGUGGCAACUGUUCGCUGUGAAGAAAUUGCCAAUGAGAAACUGUCUCUUUUAUCAUCUGACAAGGACUGGUGCGAGUUGGAAGAGUCUGCACAAUUGGGUCCAGUUCAUGGGUUUGGAAAGAAGCUCACAGCAAUCUUAGAUGCCUGUUUGUCAGGGUAUGAUAUGGAAGCUAUCUAUUUUGAUGAAAGUGUUAGGUCUGCAAAGCGCCAACAGUUGGAAUCCAGAGCAUUACAUCUUGUCUAUCCUGCAUACCAGUCCCUGCUUGGACACCUAAGGUCCAGAACACUAGAUAAUUUUAAAAUUGUUUUUGACCAAGCUCUGCAACAAGGUGAAGGAUUUGCUGUUGCAGCUGAAAAUUGUGCCACUCGGUGCAUGUCAGAAUUUGAUCAAGGGUGUGCAGAUGCAUCUGUUGCGCUUGCCAAUUGGGAUCCUUCUAAAGUUAGGGAGAAACUAAGACGUGAUAUUGAUGGGCAUAUCUCUUCAGUCCGCACUGCAAAGUUGGCUGAACUUACUGCUCAAUAUGAGAAGCAACUUAGUAUAGCACUGGAAGAACCUGUGGAGUCUCUUCUUGAUGCUGCAGGUCACGAUACAUGGCCAGCAAUAAGAAAGCUCCUUAGACGAGAAACUGCAGCAGCAACAGAUGGCCUCUCUCGUGCCCUCUCGGGCUUUGACAUAGAUCAAGUAACCAUUGAGAAAAUGCUUGCAACUCUUGCUGACUUUGGUAGAAGUGUGGUUGAGAAAAAAGCUAGAGAAGAAUCUGGGAAAGUCUUGAUCCGUAUGAAGGACAAGUUUUCAACAUUGUUUAGCCAUGAUGCUGAUUCAAUGCCUCGGGUUUGGACUGGGAAGGAAGAUAUCCGAUCAAUUACGAAAACCGCUCGUUCAGGGUCCAUGAAGCUGUUGUCGGUGAUGGCUGCUAUUCGCCUGGAUGAGAAGCCUGACAAUAUAGAGAACACCCUCGCACUUGCUCUCAUGGAUGCUGGCAAUGUCAGCUCUACUAACCGAAGCUUAACAUCUUCAAUUGAUCCGCUGGCUUCAAGCACGUGGGAAGAGGUUCCACCAAACAAUGUCCUGAUCACACCUGUCCAGUGCAAAUCUUUGUGGAGGCAAUUUAAAGUAGAAACAGAAUAUGCUGUCAGUCAGGCAAUUGCUGCACAGGAAGCUAGCAGACGAAACAACAACUGGUUGCCACCUCCAUGGGCAAUUGUUGCGCUAGUUGUCUUGGGAUUCAAUGAAUUCAUGACACUUCUUAGGAACCCGUUGUACCUGGGUGUCAUUUUCGUAGCAUUCUUGCUUGGCAAAGCUCUUUGGGUCCAACUAGAUAUAUCUGGGGAAUUUCGUAAUGGCGCUCUUCCUGGACUACUUUCUCUCUCUACAAAAUUUCUUCCUACUAUAAUGAACCUUUUGAAGAGACUUGCUGAAGAGGGUCAGAUGCCAGCAUCUUCAGAGCCUCCAAGAAAUCCUGGACUAGACUCCCAGAGUUUCAGUAAUGGUUUAAACAAGGACUCGAUCUCAAAUUCAUCAUCAACUGUUUCAUCAGCAGAAAGUGGGACGGAGCAUGCGAGUUCUUUGAGACAAAGACAUGUUCCAGUUGAUGGGAGCUCUUAAGUUCUUGGGCUUGAAUUGUCGGAGUAGCUUAUACCAGAAGCGGACCAUCUUCACCACAUUGCUUUUAUUGUUGCUGCUAUGUGGGUGAACCUUAAUGCGUUUGUGGCCGGAGUUGUAAUUUUGAUCUUGCAGAUUGCCAUAUCUUGUGAGGAUUCAUUUAUCCGUUGUCAGGGUGGGACAAGUCUGUGAUAUAGUUGUGGAAUAUCUUUCCCCAUUGCAUGAUUUGAAUGUAUUAUUUUACAUAUAGUCACCUUUUUGGUAAUGUAAGCGGUUGGAAAACUUUUCUCACAGAGUUACUAUAUCAAGUACAAUUUUCUUGAGUUUUGAUCAUUA